UCCCCAGACAGUAAAAUAGGACAGGGGGUGGGGAGGAGCUUUUACAGUGAUAAGUUUUGUCUGAAAUAAUCAAACCAGGCCCCUUUGAUUCUCAGUCUCACAGCCCUAAAUAGAGACGCUGUGGCCGGAGCACGGCAGGGGGACCAUGCGGGGCAGGAAAUGAGGAAAUGAGGAGCGAUGACGAGUAUCAGACCCAAGGAGCAGACAGAGCAGGGCAGAGAGAAGCUGCUGUGUCUCUGCUACCCCAGCCCUGCAGAAUCCAGGUGUCUGGGGCUGGCUGGAACAUCCAGCACUAGGGAGCAGAGAGAGAGAGAGACUGGAGCUUCUCUUCACCGAAGUCAGACAGGGCAAAUUGGGGCAGAUCGGAGCAGGGGGCAACAUCACUUUAUCCCUUCCCCACUGCAUCAAAGACUGAAGCUGCUGGGCUGUUUCCAUCCCACUAUCGCCUGGAUGCUCCUGUCUCUGUGCCUCUUGCUGCUUGUGUUGAGUCCCAGCAGCCAGGAGAUCUGCUCAGCUCCCGGUGCUCUCCCUGCCCCCACCCUCAACCUGAAUCCGACGUCGGCUAAGCCAGGGGACUCCGUGAAGUUCCAGUGCUUUCUGGGCUCCCAGCCCCUGGUCACCCGCAUCAUCUUCUGCAAGGACGGGGUGGAGGUUUCAUCCCAGAGGGGUUUGGAGAAGACUGUCUACAGCUAUGAUGAUGCGGUGUCCAGGGGCAGCUCUGGGAAUUACUCCUGCGGGUACGAGAUCAAGGGCAGCAACAACCAGGUGAACAGAUCCCAGCUCAGCCCUGCCAAGUACCUCAGCGUCACUGGUGAUGACUCCAGCAGUGGUGCCAGGAUUCCCUCUCCCCCAGGGAUGGGUCGAAAGCUCCUGUUGGGAAUUACAGUCCCUGCUGCUGCCGUGGUGCUGGCUGUGGUGCUUUAUCUGCUGGGAAGGAAAGUUGUGUCUCUGCGAAGAGACCAAAGGGAACGAGUCCAGCAUGACACCAGCAACAAUCCAGAAAAUCAGAUUCAAUGGAUGGACAAAUCCCAGCUCAGACUCUCUGAGAGUUACAUCAACAAACUGCCUGUGAUCAAAGUGAAUGAGAAGAAAAAGUUCUCAGGGUUCCGGGGCCUGGGGCAUCUAAGUUCCUGA